ACACACUGAACGGAAGGAAGUUACGGCCAGAGAGUGUUGAAAAUUGCUUCCGUUUCGGAUGAGCUUUCAAGCGCGAACAGAAUUUGGUCAUCGCCGCACCGAAAACGGUACAUGCAACCCGUUUAUUGGUGGUUGAGCAGGUAAAUCGACAUUAUUCGAUAUAUCCACACGCAGAAACCAGGCAUCAUAAGCCACAACAAACACGAAGCAUUGCAUAGCAAUGCAGUAGCCUACCAUUUGAUAGACGGUUUGAUCUGGGCUAGGGUCUUCAAGGUAGAGCAACUCCCUCCUCUCGCUGAAAGGCCUUCAGCACUCAUAUGAAAAUGAAGACGAAGGUGUGCUUACUGGCAGUGGCUCUUGGGCUAGGCCUUGCUCAACAUCACUGUCAGAUGAAACGUGGCAGAACAUCAAUAGUCCACUUGUUUGAAUGGCGUUGGGCUGAUGUUGCUCAGGAAUGUGAGCGGUACUUGGCACCUAAUGGUUAUGGCGGGGUUCAGAUUUCCCCUCCCAGUGAAAACAUUGUUGUCACCAAACCUUGGCGGCCCUGGUGGGAGAGAUAUCAGCCAGUCAGCCACAAUCUGUGCUCCCGAUCUGGAACGGAACAAGAGCUGAGGGACAUGAUCACUAGAUGCAAUGCCGUCGGGGUGAAUAUCUAUGUGGAUGCAGUUAUCAAUCACAUGUGUUCAUCCGAAGGUGGGGAGGGUAGGCACUCAACCUGUGGCUCAUAUUUCAAUGCCAGCAAAGAGGAGUUCCCAUCUGUUCCCUUCUCUGCGCAGGAUUUUAAUGACCAAAAAUGCAGAACUCGGAGUGGAAAUAUUGAGAACUACCAAGACAUUUAUCAGGUGCGUGACUGUCGCCUGCUAGGCCUUCUUGACCUGGCCCAUAGGCGGGAACACGUUCGCCAAAAGGUGGCCGAAUACAUGAAUGCACUGAUAGACCUGGGUGUGGCUGGAUUCCGGGUGGAUGCCUGCAAGCACAUUUGGCCAGAAGAUUUGCACGUAAUUUACAGCAGACUUCAUAAUCUUAACACCACGUGGUUCCCAGCUGGUUCUAAGCCUUUCAUUUAUCAAGAGGUGAUUGACCUUGGUGGGGAACCAAUAAAAGCCUCUGAAUACGAUGAGAUGGGCCGUGUAACAGAGUUUAAGUAUGGUGCCAGACUGGGCACAGUCAUCCGCAAAUGGAAUGGCGAAAAGCUGUCAGAUCUCAAGAACUGGGGUGAAGACUGUGGAUUGAUGGCAUCAGAGAAAGCUCUUGUGUUUUUGGACAACCAUGACAACCAGAGAGGACAUGGGGCAGGGGGCACAUCCAUCCUCACCUUCUGGGAACCCAGGUUGUACAGAUUAGCUAUGGGCUUCAUGCUGGCCCACCCUUACGGGAUGACUAGGGUGAUGUCAAGUUAUCGCUGGAAUCGCCAAAUCGUUGAUGGAAAAGAUCAGAAUGAUUGGAUGGGACCUCCAAGUUUUCCUGAUGGGUCCACAAAGCCUGUUCAUAUCACUCCAGAUGGUGAAUGUGGAGAUGGAUGGGUGUGUGAACACCGGUGGCAUCAGAUCAGAAACAUGGUAAUUUUCCGGAAUGUUGUCAAUGGUCAGCCGCUGUGUAACUGGUGGGAUAAUGGAAGCAAUCAGAUCGCUUUUGGGCGUGGCAAUCAUGGCUUCAUCGUCAUUAACAACGAUGACUGGACCCUGGACGAGAUACUGAAUACUGGCUUGGCUAGUGGAACGUACUGUGACGUCAUCUCUGGGCAGAAGGAGGGAGGGCGAUGUACCGGGAAGCAGGUCACUGUGGGGGAAGAUGGAAAAGCACACUUCAGGAUCAAGUGCUCUGACCCUGACCCAUUUUUUGCCAUCCACAUGAACUCUAAAUUAUAGAUGCAAAAACCAACAACGGCAGCAAGUGAGUGGCACAAACUCCUCCCAUACGUUUUCUAUCUGAUUCAAAAGCUUCUCAUAAACUCCACACGAGGAUGUUCACUCCUACAUAAAUGACAGAACUCUGCUCUGGUAUUGUAACUGAGUUUUAUUCUUGAUGCCGAAACAGACAAUAGAAGGCAAAUUAAAUAGGGACAUAUUUAGCACCUAGUUUGUUUCCAUGCGGCCAUUCAGAACACAAUUUUGCGUGUCACUGUGAGCUAGUUUGAUACUUAGCACAGAUACUUAGCAUAGAAUUAGCAUAGAUGACAUGUAUAGCUAUUCUCUUCUAUUAUAAUUUAUUUGUAGAUGGUUAUGAUGUUAUGAGAGAACUGUUAAUGGACUUCAGUCAGCAUGCAGACACAAGUAGUCAUAUUUUUUGAGGACUUGCUCUUGUCUUAAGUUAAUUUUAGUAAUUUUGAAAACUUUUUAUAAACUUCCGAAACAGCUACACAAUAAUUUGAAAAUGCUAAUUUGCAUAUUAUUUCUUUGUACAUGGAAUUGUUUCCUGCUCUUAAUUGUGGCAGGUUUAUAAGAGGGGUGGGGCUCAAGCAUGAGAGGGUAUUGCAAUCACCUGUGUGUCUGUAACAGCCAUGACUCCAGCAGUUCUGCUGUGAUUUGGAUGAAAUGUUGCGCAUUGGUUUACUGGUGACCAAGGACCUGAAUUCUAGAAUGUUUUUCAAAUUGUUCAAGGAUAACAUUUUUAUCACUAAUGUGUACUGACAUCACUGUUCAGGAUAAACAUUGCACGUUUUGACUGCAUGAGGGCGAUACACUUUUUGAAUUCAUGACCACAAAUAGGGCUACACAAUACGGAGAUCAAGAAGAUGUUGUCGCCAAUGAAGCAUCCAAAAAUUCAUUCUCCAAAAGCUGAGAUUAUCCACAAGAAGUUGGAGCUUUUGCAGUCACCUCAGGAAAGUGAUUUUGAGGACGAGCGAGUCUACAAAAGGGAAAACUAGCCUGAUUUACAAGAGAGAUAAAUCUGUAAAUUCUCCGGGUGUUUUUGCAACAUACCAAGAUGUCGCUAAAAUCUGCCCUAUUCAUUCAUGCCAGAUCAGAAAUAUACCAAAUGACCCAUCUAGCUCCACAAGAUGGCACCCAUCACUUUCAGAUUUUACCCAACGCUUUGCCCUAUCACAUGCUGCUGUAGACAUCUCUAUGAGUGCCAUUCGUAUUUGUCAUUACUUGAGUACUUUUUUGAUGCCUAAAGCCUAUUUUACAGCAUCAGACCUGUUUAAAGGCAUUUUUUCCAGCUUUGCUUCACACAGAACACCUAGAUAGGAAUAAGUGUAUAAGUACCCGACAGCUAUCCAUCUCCUUUCUAGUAAUUAUCAGGCUUUAGUAGACUAGUAGGCUAUGGAUUUUGAUAAACAAUUUAGCUAUUCCUACAAAUAAAAGACAUAUAAAUAGACAAAGCUAGGCUACAGCUUUGAAAUCUACAUCUAAGAUUGCAAAACAUUUUGGCCAUAAGCCAUAAUGUCUCUCCCAUGCACUACAUUCAAAGCAAUGGACGAUGUCAACAAGGAAAUAUGAGGCAUUGUUGAAAAUACAAGCACUAAGUUAAGUUCACCAUGUAUUACACGACAAUGGUUCCAAACCAAAACAAUUAAAAAAGAGAGUGUGAAAAUUAAGAAUACAAAUGCAUGAUGCUCGCAGGAGAAAAUGCACUAUGCAGUCUUAUCUUGUCAGCUACACUUAAAUUUGCAACUUGCUUUGGCCUACAAAGAAUCUAUGUCUGCUGCAAGAUUAUAAUUGCAACUCGUGUAGGCUGUGAUACCAUAUUCUGACAUGAGUGUGACAUUUUUGUGAACUACGCUUACGGCUAUAAGCCUUGGUAGCCUAGAAUAAAUAGUGGUAUGUUAAUGCAAGGCCAGUUUAGCCUAAAGAUAGUGGCCUAGAAUUCUACAGCAUCAAGGAUUGACCGGAAUGAGGAUCAGUUUCCCAACAGACCAGAAUUCUAAUGACACAAGACAUGAAAAACAAGAAGACAUGACAGAAGCAGAAGUGGUGCUUCACCACCACCAAUCAUGAAUAAUAAUUAGUGAUAGGAAUUUGAAGGAUGGCAUCCUAUGCUUCAUAUGACUGAUGCACGUAACAAUGUGCAGUGCCGGCAAACCUUAUUAUUGUGGGAUGAGCAUGUGCAUUUAUCCUUGUGUAUGUAAUAAAACACAAUGGCCAAAAAUACCAGACCCCUUCCAAAUCUAUUCUGUAUAUUAUACUGAUAUUAAAUCCCAGCCUUAUUUGUAUUGCAGUCAGUUUCCUUACAGUUUCCCUUAUUGGAAUUCACUUUGGCAGUUACCUUCCUUAAAUGCAAGUCGUGUCUGUUGAAUGCAGUUAAACGCAGCAUUUAGCAGACACUCUUACCCAGAGUGACAUACAGGGAAUACAUUCUUUUGCAUACAAUCCAUUUCUACUGCUUGAUAUAUACCAAAUUUCUGUGAAAUACAUUGCUCAAGGGUACAAUGACAUUGUCCCACCUGGGGACCAAACCUACGGCCUUGGAAUUGCAAGCCCCAUUCCAUACCCAUUAUGCUGCCGGUGUCCUGGUUUCAGUCUGGGUCUCAUACUGCCUUGCUGUGGGCAUUAGCCUUUAUGUGCCAUCCCUGGGAGCUUCUCUGUUAUUAAUACACAAGACCGCCACUGCAUGCCAAACAGUGUUAUAGUGACACUGGAAGAAUUUUAUUGCGAGGCCCCAGUACCUACCAGCAGAAUGUAGUUUUCCCCUGGUGAAUACAUCAGGAAUGUGAACUGAGCAUAAUUUUAAUUGUUUUCAUGAACAGUUUGAAUAAUAAAGUCUGCAAGUCAUUGACAUUGAAAACAUUUAAUAAUUUGAGAUUGGAAUGAAUGUUAAUUGUUCAUUUAACCAAAAAAAAAAAAGAAAUUAAGUAUUGAAAGCACUCUUAUCACCAGUAUUUUAAUAUGACUUGAAAAUCAUGUUAUAUCAUUUUUUCAGCAAACGUAAGAAUACAGAAUAAAAUAUUGUUUUAUAA